AUGUAUUCCAGCUCUUCUGCUGCUGGUCACCCUCCGUGGCAGGCUCAAUCUUCUUACGCGCCCAACCAGAAUGCUUACAUACAAGUCCCAGCCCGUCAAACCUUUGGUGCACAACCACCUGUCGCGCAACCAAAUUACUACGUGCCUCCCCAGUAUAUGCAUCAUCCUUCUACAGAUACACCCAUCGCGCAACCAGCUCCGCCUGCUAAGAAGAAAAUGAACUGGUCCCCGGACGUGCGUGACUACGUCAAUCGGUCAUUUGCGCAGACCACAUCAAUCCCUGGAGUCACCAAAGAGCAAAUUGAAGCAAAGCUCAAGGAAAUAAUCACCGAUGCCACACAAACGGGAAGACUGGAUACAAUGAAUUGGAAAGAGCUGCCGUUACCACAAGAGAUGAUCCAGGAGGAACGAAAGCGUGGUCUUCUUGCUCCCGUUCCCCAUCCAUCCUACGUUCCCUCUCUACCCACCACGACUUCGUCUCCGGUCACAUAUCAGUCUCAUCCUGACGCUCCACGUAAGCGUAAAUCCGCCGAACUGGCCAAAGAACCUGGAUAUACCAUUGUUACACCGCCUUGGAGAACAAACGCUGGACCACUGGCAGACCGGGUUUCCUUCGUCCCCACUGAGAAGCGACCCAAGCUCGACAUGAGCUCAUCCGUAAGUAAAUCAAAAGCAAGCCUAGAAUCUCGCAGACGCCGGUUUGAAGACGCACGUGCCGGCUCCAAUUCUCCACGCACACAAGAAUCAUCUCGGGGGGCUUCACCAGAGGCAAACAUGAUAGGACCGAUCGUGGGCCGCUGCCAGAAGCUCGAAAAAAACUACUUCAGAUUGACCUCGGCACCUAAUCCCGACGAUGUCCGGCCUCUGGAGGUCUUGCGUAAGACACUCGAACUGCUCAAGAAGAAGUGGCGCAGCGAUGGGAACUACGUCUACAUUUGCGAUCAAUUCAAGUCGCUGCGGCAAGAUUUGACUGUGCAGCAUAUCAAGAACGACUUCACCACCAGUGUCUACGAAUACCACGCUCGAAUCGCCUUGGAAAAGGGGGACCUGGGUGAGUAUAACCAAUGCCAGACACAGCUUCGGGAGCUGUACAAACAAAAUCUUGGUGGUCAUCCCGUGGAAUUCAAGGCCUAUCGUAUUCUCUACUUCAUCCACACAUGCAACCAGACUGACAUGAAUGACGUGCUCUCUGAUCUAACCCUAGCAGACAAGAAAGAACCCGCGAUCAGGCAUGCCUUGGAAGUACGCUCUGCCCUCGCUUUGGGGAACUAUCACAAAUUCUUCAAGCUGUACCUCACAGUCCCGGACAUGGGAGCGUACUUGAUGGACAUGUUUGUAGAACGCGAGAGAUUAGCGGCACUGGCGUGUUUGUGCAGAGCGUACAAACCAGAUGUACGAUUGCGUUUCGUGACCGAAGAACUUGGGUUUGAGUCGGAUGAAGAAGCUUGCCAAUUCAUCAUCGAUCAUGUUCCUGAAGAGUCACCGCCUCUGCUCGAAGAGCGUGAUGGGGACGUUCGCUUCUUGACUGGCAAGGUCGGGUCAAUCUUCCAAGUCGCCAAAGCGAGAGCAUUUGGGCAGGUUGAUAUCAAAGGUCAGAUUUGA